CGUGCUAGAAAAUCAGAAUUGUUUUUUGAUCGAAAUCCAGAGGUGUUCGCCGCCAUACUGGACUACUGUCGUUACAGCGAACUGCACCUCCCGAGAAACCGCGUAGCCAAUCAGUACAAAGCACUAAGGGUCCUUAUAUUAUCCAUGAAAGCAAGUCUUGGAGAAAUAUUACUUUUGCUAGUGUUUGUUAUGUUCGCCAUGGUCGUGUAUUCGUCAUUAAUUUAUUGUGUGGAAAUUUUCAUUGUGGGAUCCAUGGAUAACAUGUUUGAAGGACUAUGGUGGAGUAUUAUUACCAUGACAACUGUGGGUUAUGGUGACAUGGUACCCAAAUCCGGUUUGGGUUAUCUCGUGGCGUGUAUCUGUGCGCUAACGGGUAUUAUUCUGAUUGGUAUGCCCGUGCCCAUUAUUACAAGUAACUUUCAUAAGUAUUACGGUUUUAGGAAUACCCGUGAAGAAGUCAUCCAGCCUUCACCAUCUCAAGUUACCAAUGUGGUUUCUCCAAGCAGAAAUGAACCCGAUUAAUUCAAGCUCCCUAAGUAAUAUUAGAAACAACUAAAACAU